AUGGUUCCAAUGUCGAGACUUGUCCAUGCACAACGCCGCAUCGCCAGUGAUUUCUGCCAGACCACAACCAUCUCCUUUGCUUACCACGAGCCAAAAUGGCUCUGGAAUGAGGGCGAACAGCUUUCUCGGCGAUAUGUCAAGUUCAACUUAGGGGAGCUCGCCCGGGUGGCAACGGAAGCGACAGGAUCGAGAUUCUGUGUCCAGGUCCAGAAGCUGCCUGAAGGCAAUUUCAGUAAGGUGUUUUUGAUGACAAUGGACAACGGUAGGGAAGUUAUUGCAAAGCUGCCAAAUCCAAAUGCCGGCCGCCAACAUUUCACUACCGCCAGCGAAGUAGCGACAAUGGAUUACGUCCGAAAUAUCCUCAAUGUUCCCGCACCCAAGGUGUACGCGUUUAGUUCCUCGGCCGACAAUCCCGUCGGAGCUGAGUACAUAAUAAUGGAGCGCAGCCAAGGCGUCGAAUUAAGUAAACACUGGGACGAAAUCCGAGGCCCAGCCAAAUUCGAGAUUGUCAAACAACUGGUCCAAUUCGAAAAGUCCCUUUCAUCGUCUCACUUUCCUAUGUAUGGGAGCUUGUACUAUGCCAAGGAUCUCCCUGGAGUUUCACCAGACUCCGGGACCACACGAAUCAAGCUUACUACAGGGGCCUCACUCGAGGACUAUAUGCUUUCCCGUGCCCAGCGCGAACUUGCGUGUCUGCAGAUGUUCUCAACGUUCCCAGGCCAACAGGGCCUAUUCUAUGGGCCGCGACAGUAUCAGCCUAGGGCAGAUCACAAGAGAAAAACAUUGCAGGACUAUAUGAAAGCUCUCCCGUUUUUGUUGCCAAAAGACGAGGAGGUCUCGAAACCGGUCCUUUGGCAUCCCGAUCUUCAUGCAGACAACAUCUUUGUCAACCCGAAUAACCCGACUGAGAUCGUGUCCGUCAUUGAUUGGCAAGCUGUGAACCUGUCGCCGCUGUUUCUCCAAGCCCGUCAUCCAAGACUUAUUGAAUUUGAUGGGCCAAUUCCCGAAGGACUUCAGUCAAUUGAACUGCCCGAUAAUUUUGAGCAAUUAAGUCCAGAAGAGCAGUUGGAAGCGAAAAAGCUUCGAGCCGCUCAGUCACUCUACAAACUGUAUGAGAUCCAAUUGAUCCGCCAGUGUCCCGAAAUAUAUCGCGCGUUACAGUUCAGAGAUUCGCUUCCGGUGCAGAUCAUGGGGCUAUCCGGGUCUAUUUUCAGCGAUGGAGAGCCGGUUGUUGAGGGAAUGUUAAUGAGACUCGAAGAACAGUGGUCAACCCAUGUCGGAUCAUCUGUCCCCUGUCCACUCUCUUUCAGUGAGUUGGAGAGAGAUCGGCAACGGGAGGAUGAGGCACUGUGGAACCGCAGCGUCGUGUUGAUGGACGAAUUCCUCACCCGCGUUGGGGCGUAUCGAGGGUGGGACGGCUGGGUCUAUCAUGACAACUAUGACCAAUUCUACAACUCCGGCUCAACAAACCAAGUCACCGUCGCCGAGAAUACAACAGCAUACACCAAGUACCGGCUGCGACCCCGCGUGCUAGUGGACGUCUCGCAGGCAGACCCUAGCACCACGGUCCUAGGGCAGAAGAUCAGCUUUCCGCUCUGCGUCUCCCCCGCGGGUCUCCAGGCCAUGGCGCAUCCGGACGGCGAGCUCGCGACGAGCCGCGCGUGCGCAAAGCACCAAAUCCACAUGGGCGUGUCGAGCUUCGCCAACCACACGGUCGAGGAGAUCCGCGCGGCCGGCCUGGGCGUCGGCCCCAUCCAGCACGCCAUGCAGAUCUACACGAUGCAGGACCGGGCGAAGCAGGAGCGCAUCAUCAAGCGCGCCGAGGCCGCCGGGUGCAAGGCGCUCUUCCUGACGGCCGACAGCCCGAUCCUGGGGGUGCGGUACAGCGAGCACCGCAACGACUUCCGCUCCCCGGCGGGGUUGGGAUUUCCGAUGCUGGAGAAGACCUCGGAGAUGAUCCGGAGCGAGCGCCACGAGGACGGGUUCACGGCGUUCAAUUCCAGCUCGCAUUCUUGGGCGCAGGAGAUCCCAUGGCUGCGCAGCGUGACGAAUAUGCAGAUUUGGAUUAAGGGGGUGCUGACCGCGGAGGAUGUGCAGCUCGCGGUUGAGUACGGCUGCGACGGGGUGGUGGUGAGCAACCACGGCGGCCGACAGCUGGAUGAGACGCCCGCGACGAUCGACGCUCUGCCCGAGUGUGUCAAGGCCGCCAAGGUUGACCGGGUGUCGCACGGUUGCUGA